GAAGGGAAAGAAAAAAAGAAAGAAAAGUGGGCAGAGUGGAUGAGCCCAGGGUUCAGAAGCCUUAUUCCACCACUAUCUUAUUGAGAGCCUGGAUGUCUCCGAAGACUCACUGCUCCCUUGUGUUAUUCAGCAGCGAUGCAGAGCAGUAUUACCCACUCUCUGACGAUGAGAGCAGCUCCUUCCAUUCUUCUGGGGACAUUGUGAGUCCGGAGCAGUUGAGCAGCCAGUUUGGCUCUGGCGAUGAGGUGGGGUAUUCCCUCUCCUACAAAGGUGCCCCGGGCACCACCACAGUCCGGAGGAAAAGACCCAAGGGCCGGGCCAGAGUUAAAAGUGAAGCAGCAGCCAGCAAGCAAAGGAGAAGCAGGCGGAUGAAAGCCAAUGAUCGAGAGAGGAACCGUAUGCACCACCUGAAUGAUGCCCUGGAUGCCCUGCGGGCAGUGCUGCCCAGCUUCCCAGAUGAUGCCAAGUUGACCAAGAUUGAGACACUGCGCUUUGCCCACAAUUACAUCUGGGCGCUGACAGAAACACUGCGGCUGGCAGAACAGGGGCGUGGGCAAUGUGCCAGUGGGUUGUCUGUGUCGGAGCUGGGCAGCACCCAGAGCCUUUACUCACCCUCAUCCCCUGACUGUGAUUCCCCGCACUCUCCCCAGAGAGGGCUCGUGUACCACCUGCUGGAGCCCAGUGCCUCCUUCAGUGAUCUCAUCUGACUGCGGCCCCAGCGGAGGCUUCCUGUGCUAUUGCUUGUCACUGCCUUGAGAAACUGAUUCUCCCCUCAUUCUCCAAUGCAACCCUCCAUUCCCUCCCCAGCAGAGCUGCAACCUUUGAUGAUACCCUGUCUCUCUAGUUUUUUUUUAAAAGGUCUUGAUCUGGGGACGUUAUGGUAAUAUCACUGGGUGAGUAAUGCCAAAGCCUCCCCCGCCAAACCCACACAUCCCUGGGCUAAUAUUCUAGGGAUGAGGGUUCAAUCCCCACUUUAGAAGGUGGUAAAACUUGUGUUCAAUAAAAGCCUGGAAUUAAAGUCUAUGUCUAAUGGUGACCAUGAAACUACAGUCAAUUAUUGUUAAAAAAAAAAUCACCAUCUGGUUCACUAAUGUCCUUCAGAGAAGGGGAUCUGCUGUCUUUAUCCAGUCUGGCCUGUGUGUGACUCCAGACCCACCGGCUGACUGUUAUCUGUCCUCUGGGCAGUUAGGAAUGGGCAAUAAAUACUGGCCCAGCCUGUUUCCAAUGACUGAAGAAUGAAGAUUACUCCUGGGACCAUCUCUAAACCUGCACUGUCUUCAAGCUGCACCAAUCUCGAUCAGCAAUGUGGAUCUAUUUGUCAAAGGGACUUUCCUUCAGGAUAAGAGGGCUGUGACAUUUUGGGACCAAGUUCAUCAACAAUGUUUGAUUCUGUGGCUCAUAGAAACCUAAUCAUGCUUCUUUUGCAUUUUCUACAAACUCUAGUAAAUUGUGCUUCUAUCUCUGA